AUGGGCUGUAUACUUCCUAAGAAGGUUACAGUUGUUCCAAUGAUUACCACUCAAACUGAGGAUUACUCAGUGAAUAAUGGUGUAAGGACUGAACAACCAGGCAAUAUUGUUCAAGAGAUAUCUCCACGAACGACUCCAUUAAAAAACAAUCAAGAAAUUAAAAGUAGAGUAUCAUCAAAUAAAUCAAAUAAAUCUAUUAAACAGGUACAAAGUACUGAUGAGUCAACACCUCUUAAUAUUUGUAAUGGAGUAAUGCCCUUUCAUGGAACAGUCAUUAAGCACAUAAACACUAAAACAAUGAUAUCGAACAUUGAUCAACAAAUUAUCCCCCGUACAACCUCAAGUACAUCAAAUAAACGAAAUUUACACGUUGUACAGGCUACUGAUUCAAUAUUCUCUAAUUUAAAUGACACAGCAACGUGGCAAAAACCGAUCGAAAUUAUAACUGUUGAGUCUGACCUAUCGGAUACCUCAGAAGAUGAGACUUCUGAUGGAACAUCUAACGAACAAGAUGAAUCUAAUCUUUCUUACAAUGAUGUUAUCAGUCCGUUGUCUUCAACACAUACCAAAAACAAACUAUUUCGUCAAGAUAGUUCCGUUAGAUUUAAAUCACCUAUACCAAAACAUUUCAAUAUACAACAAGAAACACAUGAUAAUGAUCCUUCUAUUGACUCGGAUGAUAUUCCAUUUUAUGGUAGUAUUGACAAUUCAACACCAUCCUGCUCAAAGCAAUCAUCAAUAUACGAAGAAGACAUAUUUCCGUCAAGAUCAGCUAGUACUCACAACUUCAAUAUUGAGCAAAAUAUUACCGAUCAUGAAUUAGCUAGAAUUAAGUCAUAUGAUGCAAUUACUAACAGUGCUUCAUCAAAUGGUUUAGGAAAGAAAAUGAUACGUCCACGAAUUACAGUCAAAUCUAAAUCUCCUAAAAUAAAUAAGUCAGAUAUUCAUCAAGGACCAAUUACGUAUGAAACUUCAAGCAAUUCUGAUGAAUCCGAAAUAGAGUGA